AUGGACAUCUCUUCCUACUUACCACUCAUUGGAGUACUAUGCAUUUUCUUAUAUUUUUUUCUUUUCAAAAAUAAAAAAAAAUCUUCUAAACAAGCUCCUGAACCAGCCGGUGCAUGGCCCAUUAUCGGCCAUCUCCACUUACUAGGCGGCACCAAGCAGCUUCUGUAUAGAACGGUCGGCGCCAUGGCUGAUAAUUAUGGGCCAGCAUUUAACCUAAGGCUCGGCACUCGCCGAGCCUUUGUGGUUAGCAGUUGGGAAAUGGCAAAAGAAUGUUUUACUUUGAAUGACAAAGCAUUAGCCAGCCGGCCCACAACUGUGGCUGCAAAGCAUAUGGGCUAUGGUUAUGCGGUUUUCGGGUUUGCACCAUAUAGCCUUUUUUGGCGUGAAAUGAGAAAAAUUGUUAUGUUUGAACUUUUAUCGAAUCGUAGACUUGAUACUCUCAAACAUGUUCAAGUGUCUGAAGUGGGUAUUGGAUUCAAGCUGUACAAAUUGUGGGUCGAUAACAAUACUGGCAGACCGAUGCUUAUCGAGCUGAAAAGGUGGUUCGAGGAUUUGACACUAAACGUAAUCGUCAGAAUGGUCGCUGGGAAACGUUAUUUUGGUGCUGGUGCAACUUGUGAUGAUGAUGAAGCUAGGAGAUGCCAAAAGGCAAUAAAUCAAUUUUUCCUCUUGAUUGGAAUUUUUGCACCAUCGGAUGCAUUUCCAAUUUUGGGUUGGUUUGAUAUAAAUGGGCAUGAAAAGGCCAUGAAGAAAACAGCUAAAGAGCUUGAUUUUAUACUUGAAGGAUGGCUAAAAGAGCAUCGUGAGAAAAGAAGAUGUACAAGUACUGAGGCUAAGAAAACUACUGAUGGUGCGGCACAGGAUUUUAUUGAUGUCAUGUUAUCACUUCAAGAAGAAGGGCGACUCUCUAAUUUUCAGUAUGAUGCUGAUACAAGUAUCAAGUCCACUUGCCUGGCACUUAUUCUUGGAGGCAGUGACACAACAGCAGGGACACUAACAUGGGCCAUUUCCUUACUCCUAAACAAUCCUAAAAUAUUAACAAAAGCACAAGAAGAAAUUGAUCUUCAUGUUGGCAAAAACAGACAAGUUAAUGAAUCAGACAUUCCAAAUUUAGUCUAUAUUCAAGCCAUUAUUAAAGAAACAUUACGUUUAUACCCUGCUGGUCCACUAUUAGGACCUAGAGAAGCAAUGAAUAAUUGUGAAGUUGGUGGCUACAAAAUUACCCCUGGCACUCGAUUAAUAGUAAAUGUGUGGAAAAUACAAAGGGAUCCAAGAGUUUGGGAAGAUCCUGAUUCUUUUAAACCUGAUAGAUUCUUGAUGAGUAGUCAUUCAAAUGUUGAUGUAAAAGGUCAAGAUUUCGAGCUCAUUCCGUUUGGUUCUGGUAGACGUUCUUGUCCUGGCGCGUCUCUGGCGCUACAAGUUCUUCAUCUGACGUUGGCGCGUCUUCUCCAAGCUUUUGAGUUUUCUAAGCCUUUGGAUGAUCAACCAAUUGACUUGACGGAGAGCCCUGGUUUAACUAUACCUAAAGCGACACCAUUGGAUGUUCUCAUCACUCCACGCCUUACUGCCAACCUUUACAGUUGUUGAUG